CUGCGGGGAGGGCCUGCGUGAGGUCAGGAAGGGUCUUGAGCACCCUUGCAGGAGCAGAAGAAAGCAGACAGUGGGAGCUGGAGGCCUAAGGAGACUGAUGGAGAUGAGAGAUCUGAACUUCUGAACUACUGUAGAAGAUAAAGUGUGCAAGCACGUCAGGAUGCUGGGGGAUGUUGGGGCUGUACUGAAGUGCCAAGAGACACUGGAAUGAAAGGAGUCCCAGGCGUGCAGUAGAACCUCACUGGGGGAAAUGUCAGCUUGGACCAUGGGCGCCCGCGGUCUGGACAAACGAGGAAGUUUCUUUAAGCUCAUUGACACAAUCGCCUCGGAGAUCGGAGAACUGAAACAGGAGAUGGUGCAGACAGAUGUCAGCCUGGAAAAUGGCCUGGAACCCACUGCAAGCCACAGCAUGGUGAGACACAAGGAUGAUGGGUAUUCUGAGGAAAAGGAUGUGAAGACCUGCCCCCGGGACUCUGGCUAUGACAGUUUAUCCAACAGGCUCAGCAUUUUGGACCGACUUCUCCACACCCAUCCCAUAUGGCUGCAGCUGAGUCUGAGUGAGGAGGAAGCUGCACAAGUUCUACAGUCCCAGCCUCCAGGGAUGUUCCUGGUUCGUAAAUCUACCAAAAUGCAGAAGAAAGUCCUCUCCCUUCGCCUGCCCUGUGAAUUUGGAACCCCACUUAAGGAAUUUGCCAUAAAGGAAAGCACAUACACUUUUUCCCUGGAAGGCUCAGGAAUCAGUUUUGCAGAUUUAUUCCGGCUCAUUGCUUUUUACUGCAUCAGCAGGGAUGUUCUGCCAUUUACCUUGAAGUUACCUUAUGCCAUCUUAACAGCCAAGACGGAGGCUCAGCUUGAAGACCUUGCUCAACUGGGAUUAAAUUUUUGGAGCUCUCCAGCUGACAACAAACCCCCAAACCCUCCACCUCCCCAUAGGCCUCUCUCCUCAGACGGUGUUUGUCCUGCCUCGCGUCAGCUCUGCCUUAUAAAUGGAGUGCAUUCUAUAAAAACCAGGACGCCUUCGGAGCUGGAGUGCAGCCAGACCAACGGAGCCCUGUGUUUUAUUAAUCCUCUUUUCUUGAAAGUGCACAGCCAGGACCUCAGUGGAGGCCUGAAACGGCCCGGCACAAGGACUCCCAACGCGAAUGGCACCGAGCGGCCUCGGUCCCCCCCACCCAGGCCCCCGCCACCCGCUAUUAAUAGUCUGCACACAAGCCCUCAGCUGUCCAGGACUGCAACCCGGGCGAGCAUGCCAGAAACAGUCAACCAUAACAAACAUGGGAACGUAGCUCCGCUUGGAACUAAACCAACCCCCAUCCCUCCACCCCGGCUGAAGAAGCAGGCUUCUUUUCUAGAAGCAGAAGGCAGCGCAAAGACCUUGACCAGCAGGCGGCCUCUUCCCAGCCCCGGGCAGGAGACGGAGCCCGAGCCAGGCACUGCUGGCAGCCCAGGUGGAGCUUCGCCUGAGGAGGCCCCAGGGGAUUGCACAAGGGCCCAGCCUGCCGGCUCUGAAUCACGGCCGCCUCCGUGGCAUGGAGGCAGACAGAGACUGAGCGACAUGAGUAUUUCCACUUCCUCCUCCGACUCGCUGGAGUUUGACCGCAGCAUGCCCCUGUUUGGCUACGAGGCAGACACCAAUAGCAGCCUGGAGGACUACGAAGGCGAGAGUGACCAGGAGACCAUGGCCCCCCCCAUCAAGUCCAAGAAGAAGAGGAACAGCUCUUUCGUGCUGCCCAAGCUGGUCAAGUCCCAGCUCCGCAAGAUGAGUGGGGUGUUCAGCUCCUUCAUGACCCCGGAGAAGCGCAUGGUCAGGAGAAUCGCGGAGCUGUCCCGGGACAAGUGCACCUACUUCGGCUGCCUGGUGCAGGACUAUGUGAGCUUUCUGCAGGAGAACAAGGAGUGCCAUGUGUCCAGCACGGAUAUGCUGCAGACCAUCCGGCAGUUCAUGACCCAGGUGAAGAACUAUUUGUCUCAGAGUUCAGAGCUGGACCCUCCCAUUGAGUCACUGAUCCCCGAGGAUCAAAUAGAUGUGGUGUUGGAGAAAGCCAUGCACAAAUGCAUCUUGAAGCCCCUGAAGGGGCAUGUGGAAGCCAUGCUGAAGGAUUUCCACAUGGCUGAUGGCUCCUGGAAACAACUCAAGGAGAACCUGCAACUUGUGCGGCAGAGAAACCCACAAGAGCUGGGGGUUUUUGCCCCAACCCCUGAUUUUGUGGAUGUGGAGAAAAUCAAAGUCAAGUUCAUGACCAUGCAGAAGAUGUAUUCUCCUGAAAAGAAAGUCAUGCUGCUGUUGAGGGUCUGCAAGCUUAUUUACACUGUCAUGGAGAACAACUCAGGAAGGAUGUAUGGAGCUGAUGAUUUCUUGCCAGUCCUGACUUAUGUCAUUGCUCAGUGCGACAUGCUUGAACUGGACACUGAAAUUGAGUACAUGAUGGAGCUCCUAGACCCAUCACUGUUACACGGAGAAGGAGGCUAUUACUUGACUAGCGCCUAUGGAGCACUCUCUUUAAUAAAGAAUUUCCAAGAAGAACAAGCUGCAAGACUGCUCAGCUCGGAGACCAGAGACACCCUGAGGCAAUGGCACAAGCGGAGAACCACCAACCGGACCAUCCCGUCUGUGGACGACUUUCAGAAUUAUCUUCGAGUCGCAUUCCAGGAGGUCAACAGCGGCUGCACAGGAAAGACCCUUCUAGUGAGGCCUUAUGUUACCACUGAGGACGUGUGUCAGCUGUGUGCUGAAAAGUUCAAGGUAGGGGACCCUGAGGAGUACAGCCUCUUCCUCUUUGUUGAUGAAACGUGGCAGCAGCUGGCAGAGGACACUUACCCCCAAAAAAUCAAGGCUGAGCUGCACAGCCGCCCACAACCACACAUCUUCCAUUUUGUCUACAAGCGUAUCAAGAAUGAUCCUUAUGGUGUCAUCUUCCAGAACGAGGAAGAAGACUUCACCACCUCAUAGAAGACACUUGGGACUUCCCAGCGGUGUAUCCAAAAGGAGGUUAGGAACUUUGCCUUCCAGCUUCCACCUAUUUGUGCUUGAAACUAAGUCACCUCCUUGGGGACUCCUCAAUUCAGCGACUAAGCCAUCCACUGGCCAAGGGCAUCUCUAGUCAUAUCAUCCAAGCAAGGUGGCUGAAGUUUAGGAAAUAGGAUUCUCCUUCAGAGAUGAAGAAUUGCAUUUGAUGGGUCAAAUGUCCGGAGAUUUUUACUACCCAACCCCCUCCCAGCCAGGUCCUAGGUUGGCGCUUGUGUAUGUGUAAGUGCUGAAUAAACAUUUAAGGUACAAGGUGUCUAGAAUUCAACAGCAGGUGUCGUUCGACAAGACUGUCCGAUGCAGUGCGUCAGGUUCGCCUCAGCUCCAUCCUUUUCGCCAAUCCCUUUUUUCUUUUCUUUGUUCUUCUUCUUUUUUUUUUUUUACAAAGAGACUUUGUGUUUUUAUAUAUUUCAUAGAAAUGUUUAUAGCAGUUGCAGGUAAACUGUCAGGAUUGGUUUUUAAAAUAUUUUUGUAACUUUAAAAUAUUCUAUAAUUAUGCAUGUGAUUUUAACAUUUAAUAUUCAAAAAGAAAUCUCUUGCUGGAUUUGAGAGUAUUGCAUUUUAAAAGUCUCUCUUCUGUAACUGGAUUUUUGGCAACUUUGUGGGGAGAGACUGCUGGAUUUCUUAAAGCAAUGUAUUACUGACACUGGCCACAGAAUGCCUUUGGAACUUUGAUAUGCCGUUACCUUGUCCACACGCAGUGAUAUUGUACUUUUUCGUGUUUUAAUCAAGUGAUGUUGAGACUCGAGAGAGAAAUGAAUGUAGAGAAAGGUCGAGAGAGAAAUACAAAUUCUAACAAAGGACUAAGGAGUAUAGUCUGCUGGUUCAGGCUCCUGGAAGGACUUGGGGAUGGAAGGAAGAUGGAAGGAACCACCUACUCUGAAAACACUGUAAAUAAUGCAGUGAGAUAUGGCAAAAUCUACCCACUAUGUUAUUCACCUUUGGAAAUAGUUUUGAAAUCCUACAAGGGAAAAUACAGAUAACAUUUUUUACCUCCUUCUACCUACAUUAAAACUAAAGGUAUCAACGUAUUUGGGAUAAAAAAAAAAAAUCAAUCAAUAGGUAAUGUGACUUGCAUUGAUUUAAAUCCGAUGCUGUUUGGAAACAAGUUUGCAAAUAGACCAAAAAGUGCAUCUGUAUUAUAAGAAUGUAUGGUGAAGUUAAAUUUCUGUUUCAUAAGAUCUAUCUGGGAGUGCACCAAGUGUGAGGGUCGUGUAUCAGUGUAACACAGGUUGUGACAAAAGUAACCUGGGUUGUACUUUGUGAAGAAGGAAGUCAUCGGAUCUGGUUGACUUUGUACCUUGUAUCUUCUCCAGCUUUUGCUGUCCAUCUAGAACCCUCAGCACAAACUGUGUUGUACUUCCUUUUGUAAAUGAUUUUUUAAAUGGAAUUUUGCACAUAAUACCUUGUAAUUCUGUAUGAUAAUCAUGUGUGAAAAUAAUUUUUGAAAUAUUCU